AUGGUCGAGCAGGCCAGCGGGGAUGAGGGGGAGCAGCACUCGGCGGAGCGGCAACUGCUGUCGGCGGCGGCGGCGGGCGAUGCGGGGGCAGUGCAGCAGCUGCUGGCGGCCGGCGCGGAGCCCGCCAGCGGAACGGGCGAGGGCGUGACGCCGCUCAUGCUGGCGGCGGAGAGCGGCAGCACAGAGGCGGUGCAGGCGUUGCUGGAUGCAGGCGCGCCGUGGCAUGCACAGGACAGCCAGGGCUACACGGCGGGCGACUAUGCCAGCGGCAGCCGCCACCGCGCCGUCGUGCAGCAGCUUCUGAACUGGGCCGUCAAAGCGGAGCUCAUCCUGGGCACCAUCAGCCGGCGGGAGAAGAAGGGGGCGGCUCCCAACCGGGACUACCUGAGCAGCAGCAUUCGGUACGAGGACGGCAAGCUAAUGGAUGAGCAGGGCGAGGCUGUGAUGAUGGAUUGGGAGGCGCCGCUGAUGGAGCGCCACGCGGCGGCGAUCUGUGCGGGCGGCGGAGACGUGCUGAACGUAGGAUUUGGCAUGGGUAUCAUCGACGGAUUCAUCCAGCAGCACCAGCCGCGAUCGCACACCAUCAUCGAAGCGCACCCGGAUGUGUACCGGUAUGCGUGCAGCCAGGGCUGGGACAAGCGGCCAGGCGUGCGGCUGCUGGGCCCCUUUGACGGCAUCUUCUGGGACACGUUUGGGGAGCACUACAGCGACAUGCAUGCCUUCCACGCCUGCCUGCCCAGGCGAGCGGGGCGGCGGUUUGUGCUGCUGCGCCCUGGCGGCGUCUACUCGUUCUUCAAUGGCCUGGCCCCGGACAACAUGUUCUUUCAUCUUGUUUAUGGCGAGAUUGCCCGGCUUGAGCUGGGCAGGCUGGGCCUGGAAACGACCUACGAGCCCGUGCCCAUGGAUGCAUCAGCGAAGGAGGUGUGGGAGGGUGUCGCCAACCGCUACUGGCACCUGCCGGUUUUGGUGUGCUCGCCAGAAUAG